CUCCUUUGCUUCUCCUUCUCCCAGACCUCCCUACCGUUGCUACCCCGGGGGCCGGCGGGGCGCACGUGUCCCACCCUCCUCCCCUUUCCUUCCCUCUCUCUCUAUCUGUCUGCCCAGUCCAGUCCCCCGCCCCGCCUCACAGUCACACUUCACCAAUCUCGCGCACACUCUCCAAUGACCCAAUCUCCCCGAGCCUGCCACUGCCAGCGCCAGCUCCUCCCUGGCAUUCCAGUCCCAGCUCCGGAUCGCUUCACGGGCCGGGAAGCAGCACCCGCGCUGCGCGCCUGAUGCGCGCAGCCAAUGCCGGCGCUCGCGUCCACCGCCAUGGCCCGAGCCGCCGCGCCCAUCCUCCUCCACCUCCUCCUCCUUCUGCUCCUCCUCACUGACCACGGCCCCGGCCCCGCCGCCGCGGUGCGCUUCGACUACGCCUCGCUCACCCUCGGCAGCCUGAGGCUGCUGGGCGACGCGCACCUCAAGAACGGCACCAUCCGCCUGUCCCGGGACCUGCCCGUCCCGACCUCGGGCGCCGGCCGCGCGCUCUACGCCACCGCGGUGCCCCUCCGCGGGGGCUUCUCCACGCAGUUCGCCUUCACCGUGGCCACGCUCAACCCGUCCUCCGUCGGCGGCGGGCUGGCCUUCGUGCUCGCCACCGACGGGGCCACGCUCGGCGACGCGGGCGCGUACAUCGGCGUGUCCGUCGCCACCGACGCCGCCGCCGUCGAGUUCGACACGCUCAUGGACGUCCAGUUCGGCGACCCCAACGGCAACCACGUCGGCCUGGAUCUCGGCUCCAUGGUCUCGGCAGCCGCAGCCGACCUCGGGGGCGACGAUGCCGGCGUCGACCUCGCCAGCGGCAGGACCAUCAACGCCUGGAUCGACUACCGCCCCUCUUCUUCUCCUUCCGGCUCCGCCGCCGGUAUCUUGGAGGUCUUCGUGUCCUACGCGCCCAAGCAACCGCCCAAGCCCGUGCUCUCCGCGCCGCUCGACCUCGCGGAGGCCGUCAAGGACGCCGCGUUCGUCGGAUUCUCCGCCUCCACUCAGGGGAGCACGGAGGUGCACGCCAUCGAGUGGUGGAGCUUCUCCACCGCGUCGCCGGCCCCGUCCCCGCGUUCCGCCGCGCCGGCGCCGGAGUCCCAGGCGCUCCCGCCUCCCGUCGCCACUCCGGUGCUCCCGUCGCCGCUGCUCCCGGGAGGGACGACGACGGCGCCAGCGCCGCCAUCCGGGAGCGCCGGCGCGCCCGCCGCCUCGAUCGCCCCGUCGUCAGGCGCCACGGUGGGGAGGAAUGCCGCCGGAUCGGGGACGCCGCGCCCUCCCGCGGCCGUGGCCGGCGCCGCCACGGCAGGCGCCUUCGUGGCCGCCUCCUUCGCGGGCGUCGCGCUCUGGGCGCUAGCGCGCCGCGCAAGGGCCAGGAAGCGGCAGGCCGCGUUGGCGGUGGGCACCAGGCGCGACAGCAGCGUGGCGUCGGCGGCGGCGCUCGCGCGGUCCCCGCGGGAGUUCAGCUACAAGGAGCUGAGCGCCGCGACGAGGGGCUUCGACGCGUCGCGCGUCGUCGGCAACGGUGCGUUCGGCACCGUGUACAAGGGCAUCGUGCCGGACACGGGCGCCAUGGUCGCCGUGAAGCGCUGCACCACGGGCGCGCGCGGCGGCGGCGGCGGCAGCGGCGAGCAGGCGCGUUCGGAGUUCCUGUCGGAGCUCUCCAUCAUCGCGGGGCUCCGGCACCGCAACCUGCUCCGGCUGCAGGGGUGGUGCUACGAGAAGGGGGAGAUCCUGCUGGUGUACGACUACAUGCGCAACGGCAGCCUGGACAGGGCGCUGUUCGACGCGUCGGCGCCCGUGCUGCCGUGGCGGCACCGGCGCGAGAUCCUGGCCGGCGUGGCGUCGGCGCUGGCCUACCUCCACCACGAGUGCGAGCGGCGCGUGAUCCACCGGGACGUCAAGUCCAGCAACGUGAUGCUGGACGAGGCGUACCGCGCGCGGCUGGGCGACUUCGGGCUGGCGCGGCAGGCGGAGCACGGCGAGUCCCCCGACGCGACGGCGGCGGCGGGCACCAUGGGGUACCUGGCGCCCGAGUACCUGCUGACGGGCCGCGCCAGCGAGUGCACCGACGUGUUCAGCUUCGGCGCGCUGGCGCUGGAGGUGGCGUGCGGGCGGCGGCCGAUCGGCGCCACCCCUGAGGGCGUCGGCGGGUGCUGCAGCAACCUGGUGGAGUGGGUGUGGAGCCUGCACGCGGAGGCCCGGAUUCUGGGCGCCGUGGACCCGCGGCUGGGCGGGGAGUUCGAGGAGGGCGAGGCCCGGCGCGCCCUGCUGGUGGGGCUGGCGUGCUCCAGCCCGGAGCCGGCGCUGCGGCCCGGGAUGCGCGCCGUGGUGCAGGUGCUGGGCGGCGAGGCGGACCCGCCGUUCGUGCCGGCGGCGCGGCCGUCCAUGAGCCUCGGCAGCGCCAACCAGCAGCUGCUGCUGAGCCUGCAGGACAGCGUGUCGGACUACCACGCCAUGCUGGGGCUCCCGCUGUCGGACUCGUCGUCGUCCGGCUCGCUCAGCUCGUCCUCGCUCACCAGCACGCUGCGCAGGGGCGGCCACGACAUCCGGGUCAGCAGCACCGCCGGCGAAGCCAGGUGACUGCCUGAGCCUGACCGGGGGGGUAUUGAGUACAUAGGAUUGUUUGUUUAGUAGCAGCAAUGCAGUCCAGAUCACAUCAUCAAAGCCAGCCUCCAUUCGUUACAUUAUUACACACAUUUGUCUCGAUAAUAAUACAGAGCUCGCAUGAUUCCUUCGAU